AUGAGUGUACAAUCACAAUACAUUAGACGGUACAUUAAAUACACACAUACAUUACAGUAGUGCAAUCAACUCAGUCUGAGUUGGAUCACUAAACCCUACAAGACAAUCAGAGCUAUUACCAUACUGCUAUACCUUACCAAAAGGGCUAUGCUAAUACCUAUCCUAUUCUUUUAGAUCCACAGUGAUUGUUUGUAAUGGAAAGCUGGUCAUAUGACUUGUGCCACUUCACCUGAAAUGCCUCCUGUUUACUGUUUAACCCACUAUACUGUCAGGAUUGAUAUAGAUUCAACCUCUACAGAGUAAAUGCCAAUACAGAUUGCUAUUAUAUAUAUAUAUAUAUAUAUAUAUAUAUAUAUAUAUAUAUAUACUGGUAUGAUACACCGUGAAUGUUGAAUUACAGGAUGUGACCUGUUAAGUUUCUGAAACACAUUUUUGUCUUGGCUUAAUUGAUUUGACGGCUUGUGGUUCAGCGGCCAUAUAGGGGCUGAAUAAGUGGGAAGUGUGUUGUGCUCCAUCUUUCAACACACGUCUUAAGCAGUCUUUCUUACCUCCCUUUCAAGUUGGGAGUUUUCUCUCUCACAUACCCAAUCUCUCUCUCAACCAAAUGUUUCUGUACAGUACUUCUGUCUUUCUCUUCCUUUGUCUCAUUCACCUCUUGUCUCAUGUAGUUUUCAGUUAAAUAUUCUCAAUGUCUGAAACCUGCAGUCUGUGUAGAGGGCAUCAACAGAAGGUGACACAUUCGCAUUAAUGACCUGUUGGUAUUUUCCCAAAUGUUCCUUUUGUCAACCUCUUGACCUAAACUAUUGUCUGAGCUCAACAAGGGGGAAAAGGGAAGUAAAAUUUAGUGAGGGUAAUUUGUCCUACUAUCCAUCUCUUACAUGAUAACGAUCACUGAAUAAUUCCAUCCAACCUUCCUUUGUCUUUCUAAUCAUAAACAUACGGAUAAGUGAAAGUAACUUAGUGAAAAGAUUUGGGGGCUUUCCACCAUGCUAACACGCUACUUUCCAUCCUCUCUUAUCGGUCCUUCACUCCCCCUCUCUUCCUUCCUCUGCAGGUGCCAAGAUGUCCAAUGAGGUUGAUGCGGGGGACCAUGGGCCAAUGAAACUGCUCACUACCAUGUUCUCGUCCCUCCAGGAGAAGUUCCACAGAGACCGUGAGUGUCUUGUAUAGAAGUGGGUCUGUUCCAUUUUGGGCCUAUAGUGACUUGGGGUUAGGGAAAAUGGCUUUGGGUCAAAAUGGAACUGAGCCAAAGGGUGUAUAGAACAGAAAUUAUACAUUAUUGGAAAAGGUUAAAUGCAGGACUCUAAGCAAACAGACAGUAAGAGGCAAUCAUGGAUCAUGCUGAUCAUGAACUAAACAUGCCUGUCAAUCACACAAAAAGAUUUGGCCUCGACUGCUUUAUUCUCCUCUCACUCAGGCAAACCCAUUGGAUUCAUAAAAAAAAAGGAUGUCUCUUAUAAACACAGAAACACUUAUGAAACAGGCACAUUUUCCUCUCCGUAAAUUCACUUAUUCUGGAGAUAUGUGAGGAAUUCAGAUUUUUAAGAGAGAGAACCAGCCUAACGCUUGACCAUGCUGGACAUUUUUCUCACAUAGAUGUUGUUUUUUAAAAUACAGCUCCUGGUAUUUGACAGUGUGCAUAUCAUCUAUUGUUGCAAGUCAUUAGGUGUGUAGGUGACCAUCUAGCCGUACUGGUUCUAUUGGGCCUUAAUUGGCAUUGUUGCAUUGUAAAUGGUUUCCAUUCUUCCCACGGAGUCACGUGGUAGAGGAAGGUACUUGCCUGUCUUUCAAAAAGUGUCACCGUCACACCUGACUCUCACUGGUGGAGGGUAACAAGUAACAAGCGGAAUUGUCACAUUGCCUAACAAAUCCUCACAUUGUCUAACAAAGUGUGAGCGUGGCCAAUGGCACAGUUUUAGAGGCCUCCAAUGUUUCAUUUUAAUUUCCUGCAAUUUUACACAUUUUGUCUUCGUGCUGAGAGAAUUUGUUUUAGUUUUAAAGUGAAUUAUCUGAAAUUCUACACAUUUUGCCAUGGCUCAUACCAUGUUAAAAAAUCAAUGGAGACCCCAUGCCAUGACAUUUUGGGAAUUUUAGAUACUCCCGACUGUCUUUCUUUAAAUAUAUCUUUUUGGGGGAGUGGCGGCAACGAUUUAGCAGCACACUCCCAUCGCUGCUAACUGAAGAUAGGGGAAACACUGCUGUGGCACCUACCCAUCUGGCCACCACCACCUGUCUAUACGGCAGACAGCCUUGUGGCAAUGUGGCACCUACCCAUCUGGCCACCACCACCUGUCUAGAAGGCAAACAGCCUUGUGGCAAUGUGGCACUUCAUACACACCAGUCAUGAGGAAAUGAAUAGUAAACAAACAAACAUUUGACCAACUGGGGACAUUUUGUUAGUCCCCACAAGGUCAAAUGCUAUUUCUAGGGGAGUUAGGGUUAGUUUUACGGUUAGGGAAAAUAGGAUUUUGAAUGAGACUGAAUUGUGUCCCCACAAGGUUAGUUAUACAAGACUGUCUGUGUGUGCACAUCCGUGUGUUUCUCCUCUUGUAGUUUCAGUUGUUUAACACACUGUUCCUCUUAGUUCUUUUAGCUCUGUGGUUUUCUUUGAGUAUUGUGUGUUUAAAAUCUGUAGAGCAUUGUUUAGGCAUCCUCUUGAACUACACUGAACAAAAAUAUAAAUGCAAAAGAUUUUACUGAGUUACUGUUCAUAUAAGGAAAUCAGUCAAUUUAAAUAAAUUAGGCCCUAAUUUAUGUAUUUCACAUGACUGGGAAUACAGAUGCCUUAAAAAAAAGGUAUGGGCAUGGAUCAGAAAAUCAGUCAGUAUCUGGUGUGCCCACCAUUUGCCUCAUGCAGCACAACACAUCUCCUUCGCCUAGAGUUGAUCAGGUGGCGAUUGUGGAAUGUUGUCCCACACCUCUUCAAUGGCUGUACGAAGUUGCUGGAUAUUGGCGGGAACUGGAACACGCUGUCGUACACGUCGAUACAGAGCAUCUCAAACUGGUGAGUAUGCAGGCCAUGGAAGAACUGGGACAUUUUCAGAUUCCAGGAAUUGUCAGAUCCUUGCGACAUGGGGCUGUGCAUUAUCAUGCUGAAACAUGAGGUGAUGGCGGUGGAUGAAUGGCACGACAAUGGGCCUCAGGAUCUCGUCACAGUAUCUCUGUGCAUUCAAAUUGCCAUUGAUAAGAUGCAAUUGUGUUUGUUGUCCGUAGCUUAUGCCUGCCCAUACCAUAACACCACCGCCAUCAUUGGGUAUUCUGUUCACAACGUUGACAUCAGCAAACCUCUCGCCCACACGACGCCAUACACACGAUCUGCCCGGUACAGUUGAAACCAGGAUUAAUCCGUGAAGAGCACACUUCUCCAGUGUGCCAGUAGCCAUCGAAGGUGAGCAUUUUCCCACUGAAGUCGGUUACGACGCCAAACUAUAGACAGGUCAAGACCCUGGUGAGGACAACAAGCAUGCAGAUGAGCUUCCCUGAGACUGUUACAGACCGUUUGUGCAGAAAGUCAUCUGUUGUGCAAACCCACAGUUUCAUCAGCUGUCCGGGUGGCUGGUCUCAGAUGAUCCCGCAGGUGAAGAAGCCGGAUGUGGAGGUACUGGGCUGGCGUGGUUACACGUGGUCUGCGGUUGUGAGGCCGGUUGGACGUACUGCCAAAUUCUCAAAAAUGACGUUGGAGGCAGCUUAUGGUAGAGAAAUGAACAUUAAAUUAUCUGGUAUCAGCUCUGGUGGACAUUCCUGCAGUCAGCAUGCCAAUUGCACGCUCCCCCAAAACUUUAGACAUCUGUGGCAUUGUGUUGUGUGACAAAACUGCACAUUUUAGAAUGGCCUUUUAUUGUCCCCAGCACAAGGUGCACCUGUGUAAUGAUCAUGCUGUUUAAUCAGCUUCUUGAUAUGCCACACCUGUCAGGUGAAUGGAUUAUCUUGGCAAAUGACAAAUGCUCACUAGCAGGGAUGUAAACAAAUUUGUGCACAAAAUUAGAGAGAAAUAGGCAUUUGGAAAAUUUCUGGGAUCUUUUAUUUCAGCUCAUGAAACAUGGGAGCAACACUUUACAUUUUGUGUUUAUAUUUUUGUUCAGUAUAUUUACACACUGCUGAAUCCUAACUUAAAUAUAUUUUUGUUGUUUUUUAAUUCUUCCACGGACAUCAAUGCAUGAUUUACAGUUAUUUGGCCUACUUGACUAGCUGCAUACCAAAGUAAAAUCUUCAGUUCCAAGCCAUGUGAUGUUUGGAAUGAAAACCUACCUUGAAGUCCAAGCCACAGUUAGUUAGUUGAUGGUAUUGAGGUUUAUGAAUAAUUGUCUUCACUGCUGUCCCCCUCUGUCUGUCUGUCUUUUAGGGAGUGAUAGGGAUUCGACCCUGCCUCGGCCUACAGCCCCAGCCCUCGCGGUGACCUCAGCCCAGGACCAGAGUCACCUCUUCUUUGAGUACCUGGUGGUGGUCAGCCUACGGAAGAAGAGGGGGGAAGGAACGUACGAACCCCAGAUCACAUAUCAGUUCCCCAAGGUCAGACCGACAUACAUACACACAGUGAGAAAGUAUUUGUGCUAAUAAAUUAGCAGUAAUCUAAAAUGUGUGUGUUGUAGCUAGCUAAUAUGAGGCGCUCACAGAGAGAGGAAGAAGAGAAGUCCCUGAAAGCAAUCCUCCUUUUCUGUUUCCCAGAGGGGGUCAACUGGGCCCCCCUCACUGAAUACACCAGGUACGUGCCACCUCCCCUCUCUCUCUCUCGUGCACAUGCAAUCACGCCUAGGUACAAAGAUCUACUUUCUUCAUCCUGCCACAUCCCCACCGCUGUGCAGAGUGUUCUCAGGAUGUGGCAAAGUGUUUCCGGCGCACUUUACACAAACCGUUCUAUUUACACGCAGAACAAAUCUGCUUAGCGUGUGUCUGUAUGCAAUGUUUGUUUGCGAAGACUGCAAAGCAUCAUCUCUUGCAAACAACCUAGCUUUGACCAGGGCCGGUGUUAUGGGCGGCCCUUAGGGGGCCUUGCCAGCCCUAAUGUACCUCCUGGCCCGUCCAAAUAAAAUAUUGAUCAGAGCAAGUGAAACAGCGCUUGUCUCAGUAUGUGUAGCCCAUGUAUCUGAUGCUGUCUGGACCAGAAGAGUAUGGCAUGACAUAGAUACAUGGGGCUACAUACUGUAAAACCGAAGGGUGCUGUUUCAGUCGAUCAGAUGCUAUUUUAGACGUGCGAUGGUAACCUCUUUUUUUUUAAGUGAGUUGUUUUACAAUCAGAUGAAAACAUCAUGACUGGUUGUAUUCAUGCCACAUUAAAAGGUAGGCUAAUACAUUUUUACAUUUUAAAUUACAUGUCACUAUAAAACCCACAAUAGAACCGCUAAAGCCGUCAUUUGGACUGCCCAUGAAUUUAAAACAUUUAUUACUGUGCCAUUUUUAAAGUCAUGCCCCCCUCUGUGUUGUAAACAGUUUUAGGAGGGCAUGUCAUUUUUUUAAUAUGGUUUUUCCUGUUUCCCCUCCUUCGCUCGACAGUAGCGCCUGCUCCCCUCCUUUUUCCGAUAGUUGAAGAUGUGCCCAGUUGAAAUUAACCCGAUAAUUGCCUCGAAAGUGAACCUAAACUAUACCGAAAUUAAUUUCACACACAGGCUAUAAUAACAAAUUAAGUAGGCUAAAGUAUGAUGGGGGAGAAUGGAUGAGUUGAUGAGCGAGGGGAAGUGAACGAUGCAUAAUUAUGUAAUCACAAAUUGUGAAUGAAGAACAGUGCAUGCUAUUUUAUUGAUCUAUUCUAAUUAUAAUCUCAAUGGUAUGUACUCUAUCAGUCUACUCUUGCCUACUUGGAACUUGGAGUACACAGUGAGAGCGUGCGUAAUUUACAAUGGCUAGAAAACCAAGACGAAUGGAUGCACUCAUUAGUGUUGCUACAAAAUCUUAAUGAAAACGACUCCGAUGGUGGGGAAGAAAUGAAUCAUGAUGACAUCUGAGAAUUCUUCUGAUUCUGAACCUACACCUCUGAGGACUAAGUGUAAAAAGGUGUAAUCUAUCAACAUGUGUUCUAUUCUCUCUCUCUCUGCAGUGAGACAUUCUCCUUCGUGUUGACAGAGGUUGACGGCAGUAGGAGGAAUGGCUACUGCAGGAGGUUACUGGUAAAUGAUCCAUGGUGUCAUUCUGUUCAUAGGACAUGAGAAUUACUUUCAGGUGUUUAGUUUCUCAUGACAUGUUGUUGUUUCCUGCAGCCCAGUGGCAAAGGGGCGCGGCCUCCGGAGGCCUAUUGCAUCAUCAGCCGGGUGGCCUGCUUUGGACUCUUCUCCAAGGUUAGCGACAUAACACAUUAUAUAUUCACUCACUCACUGAGUUUUUUAAAAUUUUAUUAUUAUUAACCCAUCUUUAAUCCCAUACCUCACCCACUCAGCCCAUUCCACCUAUCACCGUAGACCACCCUCGUUUGGUUUCCAUGUGCCAUAUAUUUUGUGCUGUGAUGUUUUACAUGAAUUUUCAACCUUUCUAAUCGCAUAGUAUCCACAGAUUGUGAGGUAAAGAUAAAAAACUUUCCUGCGAGUAGUAUUAUAUUAUUGAUUGACUAUGGCUUUCCAAAUCGCCCAACACGGCCAUUUGAAAGGUUAAUUCUAAGUGAAUGUUGUGAUUUUGUUUUUAACCAUUCCUGAACCUGUGACCAGAAACAAGCUACAUAGAGGCAAUACCAAAAUAAAUUAUCUAGUGAUUCUGUUUCUUCGCAGCAAAAUCUACAGAGCUGAGAUUGUUGUAUGUCCCAUAUACAGUGCAUUCGGAAAAAACAAAUAUAUUACAUUAACAUAAGUAUUCAGAACCUUUUACUCAGUACUUUGUUGAUGCACCUUAGGAAGCGAUUACAGCCUCGUGUCUUCUUGGGUAUGACGCUACAAGCUUGGCACACCUGUAUUUGGGGAGUUUCUCACAUUCUUCUCUGCAGAUCCUCUCAGGCUCUGUCAGGUUGGAUGGGGGAGCGUCGCUGCACAGCUAUUUUCAGGUCUCUCCAGAGAUGUUCAAGUCUGGGCUCUGGCUGGGCCACUCAAGGACAUUUAGAGACUUUUCCCGAAGCCACUCUUGCGUUGUCUUGGCUGUGUGCUUAGGGUCAUUGUCCUGAUGGAAGGUGAACCUUCGACACAGUCUGAGGUCCUGAGCGCUCUGGAGCAGGUUUUCAUCAAGGAUCUCCCUGUACUUUGCUCCGUUCAUCUUUCCCUCGAUCCUGACUAGUCUACCAGUUCCUGCCGCUGAAAAACAUCCCCACAGCAUGAUGCUGCCACCACCAUGCAUCACCGUAGGGAUGGUGCCAGGUUUUCUCUAGACGUGACGCUUGGCAUUCCGGCCAAAGAGUUCAAUCUUGGUUUCAUCAGACCAGAGAAACUUGGUCCUCUGUAGCUCAAUUGGUAGAGCAUGGCGCUUGUAACGCCAGGGUAGUAGGUACGAUCCCCGGGACCACCCAUACGUAAAAAUUUAUGCACACGACUGUACGUCGCUUUGGAUAAAAGCGUCUGCUAAAUGGUAUAUUAUAUUAUUAUGGUCUGAGAGUCUAGGUGCCUUUUUGGCAAACUCCAAGCGGGCUGUCAUGUGCCUUUUACUGAGGAGUGGCUUCUGUCUGGCCACUCUCCCAUAAAGGCCUGAUUGGUGGAAUGCUGCAGAGAUGGUUGUCCUUCUGGAAGGUUCUCCCAUCUCCACAGAGGAACUCUGGAGCUCUGUCAGAGUGACCAUCGGGUUCUUGGUCACCUCCCUGACCAUGGCCCUUCUCCCUUGAUUGCUAAGUUUGGCCGGGUGGCCCGCUCUUGGUGGUUCCAAACUUCUUCCAUUUAAGAUUGAUGGAGGCCACUGUGUUCUUGGAGACAUUCAAUGCUGCAGACAUUUUUUGGUAACCUUUCUCAGAUCUGUGCCUCGAUACAAUCCUGUCUCGUAGCUCUGCAGACAAUUCCUUCGACCACAUGGCUUGGUUUUUGCUCUGACAUGCACUGUCAACUGUGGGACCUUUUUAUAUAGACAGGUGUGUGCCUUUCCAAGUCAUGUCCAAUCAAUUGAAUUUACCACUUGUGGACUCCAAUCAAGUUGUAGAAACAUCUCAAGGAUGAUCAAUGGAAACAGGAUGCACCUGAGCUCAAUUUCGAGUCUCAUAGCAAAGGGUCUGAAUACUUAUGUAAAUAAGGUGUGUGUGUAUAUAUAUAUUUAUUAUUUAUUUUUUAUUAUACAUUUGCUAAAAUUUCUAAACCUGUUUUCGCUUUGUCAUUAUGGGGUAUUGUGUGUAGAAUGAUGAGGAAAAAUAAUUGAAUCAAUUUUAGGAUAAAGCUGUAACGUAGCAAAAUGUGGGAAAAGUCAAGGGGUCUGAAUAUUUUCUGAAUGCACUGUAUAUAGCAUUCUGGUGGUGGCAAGAAUUUUGUAUAAUUUAAAUUCAACUCAGUGUUUUUUUUUGUAUCAGUUCAUAUACCAUGUGCCAUGGAAUCGGUACAUCGAAAAUCUCUUCCCAUUUAUUUUGCAACCUGUAUUGUGCAGCUGUCAACAUCUUUGUCCUCACAUGAAACUGGUAUAUUUUUCUAUUUAUGCCAAUCCUUUUCAGCCAAUUUGUAUAUUUUAUUAUAUGGCAGAUAAACAAGUUCUCUACCCACUCCCUCAUCCACUUGCCUCCAUUUUUGCGGUAAUACUGCAAUCAGUUGGUUGUAACUUUGGAUUGAGCAGACAUUCCCAUAUAUUUUUGAUAGCUGCAUAUGUGACAUAAUUCCACCGUUUCUAUUCAUAAUAUCAUUAAUAAAUAUAAUACCAAAAAAUAAUGUUAAAGAUUUUUUAUUUUUUAUUAAUCAGUACAGUGAGGGGAAAAAAGUAAUUGAUCCCCUGCUGAUUUGGUACGUUUGCCCACUGACAAAGAAAUGAACAGUCUAUAAUUUUUAGAGUGUGCUCCUAAUCUCAGCUCGUUAUCUGUAUAAAAGACACCUGGGAGCCAGAAAUCUUUCUGAUUGAGAGGGGUCAACUACUUAUUUCCCUCAUUAAAAUGCAAAUCAAUUUAUAUCAUUUUUGACAUGCGUUUUUCUGGAUUUUGUUGUUGUUAUUCUGUCUCUCACUGUUCAAAUAAACCUACCAUUAAAAUUAUAGACUGAUCAUUUCUUUGUCAGUGGGCAAACGUACAAAAUCAGCAGGGAAUCAAAUACUUUUUUCCCCUCACUGUAUAUUUGAGUUUAACCAUAAUAUUUGUUGUAAUAUUUGAUCUAUCUUUUCUGGAGGAUAAAAUUGAAAUUGUAACCAGCUUUGUAUGGCUUGUUUAAGAAAGGGCGAUACUUUGAAAAGUUUCAUUUUCAAUUAGUCGGAAAUGAGAAGUUGUAAUCUGUAUAAAAGGCAAAAACGCCAUUUAAAAAAAACUAAGGAUGAGCCUUUCUUAAUAAUCUACUUGAGAACCAGUUUGGGUUUAAGUAUAACUUAUGUACAGUGGCUUGCAAAAGUAUUCACCCCCCUUGGCAUUCUUCCUAUUUUGUUGCCUUACAACCUGGAAUUAAAAUAGAUUUUUGGGGGGGUUUGUAUCAUUUGAUUUACACAACAUGCCUACCACUUUGAAGAUGGAAAAUCUUUUUUAUUGUGAAACAAACAAGAAAUCAGACAAAAAAACAACUUGAGCGUGCAAAACUAUUCACCCCCCCCCCAAAGUUAAUACUUUGUAGAGCCACCUUUUGCAGCAAUUACCCAAAGAGACUUGCAGCUGUAUGUCUCUAUAACCUUGGCACAUCUAGCCACUGGGAUUUUUGCCCAUUCUUCAAGGCAAAACUGCUCCAGCUCCUUCAAGUUGGAUGGGUUCCGCUGGUGUACAGCAAUCUUUAAGUCAUACCACAGAUUCUCAAUUGGAUUGAGGUCUGGGCUUUGACUAGGCCAUUCCAAGACAUUUAAAUGUUUCCCCUUAAACUACUCGAGUGUUGCUUUAGCAGUAUGCUGCUGGAAGGUGAACCUCCGUCCCAGUCUCAAAUCUCUGGAAGACUGAAACAGGUUUCCCUCAAGAAUUUCCCUGUAUUUAGCGUCAUCCAUCAUUCCUUCAAUUCUGACCAGUUUCCCAGUCCCUGCCGAUGGAAAAACAUCCUCACAGCAUGAUACUGCCACCACCAUGCUUCACUGUGGGGAUGGUGUUCUCGGGGUGAUGAGAGGUGUUGGGUUUGCGCCAGAUAUAGCGUUUUCCUUGAUGGCCAAAAGGCUCAAUUUUAGUCUCAUCUGACCAGCGUACCUUCUUCCAUGUUUGGGGAGUCUCCCACAUGCCUUUUGGCGAACACCAAACGUGUUUGCUUAUUUUUUUCUUCAAGCAAUGGCUUUUUUCUUGCCACUCUUCCUGAAGCCCAGUUCUUUGGAGUGUACGGCUUAAAGGGGUCCUAUGGACAGAUACUCCAAUCUCCUCUGUGGAGCUUUUCAGCACCUUCAGGGUUAUCUUUGGUCUCUUUGUUGCCUCUCUGAUGAAUGCCCUCCUUGCCUGGUCCGUGAGUUUUGAUGGGCGGCCCUCUCUUGGCAGGUUUGUUGUGGUGCCAUAUUCUAUCCAUUUUUUAAAUAAUAGAUUUAAUGGUGCUCCAUGGGCUGUUAAAAGUUUCUGAUAUUUUUUUAUAACCCAACCCUGAUCUGUACUUCUCCACAACUUUGUCCCUGACCUGUUUGGAGAGCUCCUUGGUCUUCUUGGUGCCCCUUGCUUAGUGGUGUUGCAGACUCUGGGGCCUUUCAAAACAGGUGUGUGGUAUGUAUGUAUACUGAGAUCAUGUGACACUUAGAUUGCACACAGGUGGACUUUAACUAAUUAUGUGACUUCUGAAGGUAAUUGGUUGCACCUGAUCUUAUUUAGGGGCUUCAUAGCAAAGGGGGUGAAUACAGUUAUUUUUUUCAUUUCACUUCACCAAUUGUGUAUGUCCAUUACAUGAGAUCCAAAUAAAAAUGAAUUUAAAUUACAGGUUGUAAUGCAACAAAAUAGGAAAAAUGCCAAGGAGGAUGAAUACUUUUGCAAGGCACUGUAAGAGAUUCACCGAAAUUAAAGUAGUCCAGGCAUUUAUAUAUAAAUUCUAGUUGUACUUUGUCAAACGCCUUUUCAAAAUCUGCUAUGAAGACCAGGGCUGGUGUCUUUUGACAUUUCAUAAUGUUCAAUUGUUUCAAGUAAUAAUUGUAUAUUAUCUCCAAUAUAUUGUCCAUGGAAAAAACCUGUCUGAUCAGGAUGAACAAUAUAUGGUAAAAUAUUUUUAUUCUGUGCUAUGCAUUUCGCCAAGGUUUUCGUAUAACAACAUUUGAAGUCUAAGAGGCCUCCAGUUUUUGUUUUUUAUGGACUGGAUCUUUAUACUUACCACUUGUGUCCUGUUUCAGUAGUAAUUAAAUCAGACAUUCUUGUUGAGUACCUGAAAGUCUACCAUUUUAUAGGAGUAGUUAAAACAUGCUAAUAAUGGAUAUUUGAGUACUUCUUAAAAGGUCUGAUAUACCUCUACUGGUAUACCAUCAAGCCCUGGUGUUUUUCCAGACUGAAAGGAUUUAAUUGACUCAAGAAGUUCCUACUCUGUAAGUUGGCCUUCACACAGGUCUUUCUGUACAUUUUGUUAAUAAUAAUAAUAAUCCUUACAGUUAACAUCCAUUAAUUGGAGAUGGAGGAGACUGAUACAAAAACAUAUGCUUAAAAUAUUUUGCGUCCUCUUUCAAAAUAUUAUUUGGUGAAUCAUGGAUGACUCCGUCAUUUGUAACGAGUUUCUGUAAAUUCUUUUUUGGUAGCAUUUCUAUGUUGAAGAUUCAAGAAAAAUGCAGUGCAUUUUUCACAAUUUUCCUUCCAAAUCGCUUUAUUUCUGUAAUAAAUGUAAUAUUUAUUGAUAAAGUUCCUCCAAUUAUUUUUGUUUUUCUUCUAACUUAUUUUUUGCCUCUAUAGAACUGUUUUUAUUGCUAUCUACCUGUGCUGUUCUUUCCUCAAUUUGCUUUUAGUCUAAUCUCUUUUGACCUAAACUGCUUUUGUUUUAAUGAUGAGUGUUGUAUUGAAUGGCCUCUAAAAGUACAUUUUGAAAGUGUCCAAUACAAUAAGGGAUCUGCCUAUGUUGUGCAGAAAAAAGUCAAUUAUUAAUUAUUUUGUCUUAGUUAAGAACAAAUUGUCAUCCGGAAUGUUUUGAUUAAAUUUCCAAUAUCCCUGUCCACGUGGAAAUUCUGUAAGAGUUAUGUGAAGGCCAAUUUAGAUGAUGGUCUGAUCGGAUUCUGUCUCCUAUUAAUACUUUUUAAACUUUUGAUGCCAGCAAAAAUGAAACAAGGAAGUAAUCAAGACGGCUGGCUUGAUUAAGCCUCCUCCAUGCACAGUACCAGGCAAAGGUUUGGACACCUACUCAUUCAAGGGUUUUUCUUUAUUUUUACUAUUUUCUACAUUGUAGAAUAAUAGUGAAGAGAUCAAACUAUGAAAUAACACAUAUGGACUCAUGUAGUAACCAAAAAAGUGUUAAACAAAUCAAAAUAUAUUUUAGAUUCUUCAAAGUAGCCACCCUUUCCCUUGAUGACAGCUUUGCACACUCUUGGCAUUCUCUCAACCAGCUUCAUGAGGUAGUCACCUGGAAUCCAUUUCAAUUAACAGGUGUGCCUUUAAAAGUUAAUUUGUGGAAUUGCUUUCCUUCUUAAUGCGUUUGAGCCAAUCAGUUGUGUUGUGACAAGGUAGGGGAGGUAUACAGAAGAUAGCCCUAUUUAGUAAAAUAACAAAUCCAUAUUAUGGCAAGAACAGCUCAAAUAAGCAAAGAGAAACGACAGUCCAUCAUUACUUUAAGACAAGAAGGUCAGUCAAUCCUGAAAAUUUCAAGAACAUUGAAAGUGGAAGACCCAGAGUUACCUCUGCUGCACAGGAUAAGUUCAUUAGAGUUACCAGCCUCAGAAAUUGCAGCCCAAAUAAAUGCUUCACAGAGUUCAAGUAACAGACACAUCUCAACAUCAACUGUUCAGAGGGGACUGUGUGAAUCAGGCCUUCAUGGUUGAAUUGCUGCAAAGAAACCACUACUAAAGGACACCAAUAAGAAGACUUGUUUGGGCCAAGAAACAUGAGAAAUGGACAUUAGACCGGUGGAAAUUUGUCCUUUGGUCUGGAGUCCAAAUUUGAGAUUUUUGGUUCCACCCGCCGUAUCUUUGUGAGACGCGGUGUGGGCGAACGGAUGAUCUCCGCAUGUGUAUUUCCCACCGUAAAGCAUGGAGGAGGAGGUGUUAUGGUGUGGGGGUGCUUUGCUGGUGAUACUGUCUGUGAUUUAUUUAGAGUUCAAGGCACACUUAACCAGCAUAGCUACCACAGCAUUCUGCAGCGAUACGCCAUCCCAUCUGGUUUGGGCUUAGUGGGACUAUCAUUUGUUUUUCAACAGGACAAUGACCCAACACACCACCAGGCUGUGUAAGGGCUAUUUUACCAAGAAGGAGAGGGAUGGAGCGCUGCAUCAGAUGACCUGGCCUCCACAAUCCCCCGACCUCAACGAAAUUGAGAUGGUUUGGGAUGAGUUGGACCGCAGAGUGAAGGAAAAGCAGCCUACAAGUGCUCAGCAUACAGUUGAAGUUGGAAGUUUACAUAGACUUAGGUUGGAGUCAUUAACUCGUUUUUCAACCACUUCACAAAUUUCUUGUUAACAAACCUAUAGUUUUGGCAAGUGGGUUAGGACAUCUACUUUGUGCAUGACAUAAGUAAUUUUUCCAACAAUUGUUUACAGUGGGUCAGAAGUUUACAUACACUAAGUUGACUGUGCCUUUGUUAAACAGCUUGGGAAAUUCUAGAAAAUGAUGUCAUGGCUUUAGAAGCUUCUGAUAGGCUAAUUGAAAUAAUUUGAGUCAAUUGGAGGUGUACCUGUGGAUUUAUUUCAAGGCCUACCUUCAAACUCAGUGACUCUUUGCAUGACAUCAUGGGAAAAUCAAAAGAAAUCAGCAAAGACCUCAGAGUCUGGUUCAUCCUUGGGAGCAAUUUCCAAACGCCUGAAGGUACCACGUUCAUCUGUACAAACAAUAGUACGCAAGUAUAAACACCAUGGUACCACGCAGCCGUCAUACCGCUCAGGAAGGAGACGCGUUCUGUCUCCUAAAGAUUGACGUACUUCGGUACGAAAAGUGCAAAUCAAUCCCAGAACAACAGCAAGGGACCUUGUGACGAUGCUGGAGGAAACAGGUACAAAAGUAUCUAUAUCCACAGUAAAACGAGUCCUAUAUCGACAUAACCUGAAAGGCCGCUCAGCAAGGAAGAAGCCACUGCUCCAAAACCGCCAUAAAAAAGCCAGACUACGGUUUUCAACUUCACAUGGGGACAAAGAUCGUACUUUUUGGAGAAAUGUCCUCUGGUCUGAUGAAACAAAAUAGAACUGUUUGGCCAUAAUGACCAUCGUUAUGUUUGGAGGAAAAAGGGGGACGCUUGCAAGCCGAAGAACACCAUCCCAACCGUGAAGCACACGGGUGGCAGUAUCAUGCUGUGGGGGUGCUUUGCUGCAGGAGGGACUGGUGCACUUCACAAAAUAGAUGGCAUCAUGAGGAAGGAAAAAUAUGUGGAUAUAUUGAAGCAACAUCUCAAGACAUCAGUCAGGAAGUUAAAGCUUGGUCGCAAAUGGGUCUUCCAAAUGGACAAUGUCCCCAAGCAUACUUCCAAAGUUGUGACAAAAUGGCUUAAGGACAACAAAGUGAAGGUAUUGGAGUGGCCAUCACAAAGCCCUGACCUCAAUCCUAUAGAACAUUUGUGGGCAGAACUGAAAAAGCGUGUGCGAGCAAGGAGGCCUACAAACCUGACUCAGUUACACCAGCUCUGUCAGGAGGAAUGAGCCAAAAUCCACCCAACCUAUUGUGGGAAGCUUGUGGAAGGCUACCUGAAAUGUUUGACCCAAGUUAAACAAUUUAAAGGCAAUGCUACCAAAUGCUAAUUGAGUGUAUGUAAACUUCUGACCCACUGGGAAUGUGAUGAAAUAAAUAAAAGCUGAAAUAAAUAAUUCUCUCUACUAUAAUUCUGACAUUUCACAUUCUUAAAAUAAAGUGGUGAUCCUAAGACAGGGAAUUUUUACUAGGAUUAAAUGUCAGGAAUUGUGAAAAACUGAGUUUAAAUGUAUUUGGCUAAGAUGUAUGUAAACUUCCGACUUCAACUGUAUGUGGGAACUCCUUCAAGACUGUUGGAAAAGCAUUCCAGGUGAAGCUGGUUGAGAAAAUGCCCAGAGUGUGCAAAGCUGUCAAGGCGGCAAAUUGUCUAUUUGAAGAAUCUCAUGUAAAAUAUAUUUUGAUUUGUUUAACACUUUUUUGGUUACUACAUGAUUCCAUAUGUGUUAUUUCAUAGUUUUGAUGUCUUCACUAUUAUUCUACAAUGUAGAAAAUAGUUAAAAUAAAGAAAAUCCCUUGAAUGAGUAGGUGUUCUAAAACGUUUGACCGGUAGUGUAUAUUUUAGAAGUGUAGAUCAUAAUUAUUUGGCCCAUUAUAGAUUAAUUAACCAGAUCUGUUUUUGCUCCAAUAGCAUAUUUAAAAGGAUCCGUCUUCCUUGAGGAUCUGUUUGCACAAUAGGAUCAAAAUUGUUGUUUAUUGAUAUAAUCACCCCACGAGGUGAGAUCUUGCAUGGAGCCCCAGACCGAGGGUGAUUGACCGUCAUCUUGAACUUCUUCAAUUUUCUAAUAAUUGCGCCAACAGUUGUUGCCUUCUCACCAAGCUGCUUACCUAUUGUCCUGUAGCCCAUCCCAGCCUUGUGCAGGUCUACAAUUUUAUCCCUGAUGUCCUUACACAGCUCUCUGGUCUUGGCCAUUGUGGAGAGGUUGGAGUCUGUUUGAUUGAGUGUGUGGACAGGUGUCUUUUAUACAGGUAACGAGUUCAAACAGGUGCAGUUAAUACAGGUAAUGAGUGGAGAACAGGAGGGCUUCUUAAAGAAAAACUGUGUGUGCGAGGGGGAAGAAAACAGAAAAUAAAGACAUGCAGUACUGACAAUCUAGAGCGAGUAAACCUGUAAAACCAACCUUCUCUCUACCCACAUACAUUUUUGUUUUUAUUCCAGGGUCGUUGCCCUAUCACUUCGGCUGCUUUACACAUAGGCCUGUAUCAUUAGGAUCGAGAAUAUAAGGGUAGCGCAUAUAGCUUAUGUAUAAAUAUAAUAUACUUCUCGCUUAGAGAAGUGCUUCCAUAAGCCAGUUAUGUGUUGGCUCUACCGUUUAACUUUAAUCAGUUUAACCCAGUGUUAACAAGUCAGCCGUACACUAAUAUAGGCAACAACCCUGUUGACAAUAACCAAUCCAUUUGCCGGUGUGUAUCAGAACAAUAAUAUGUCCUUUACAUUUUUAAUAUUGAGAUCUAUUUUUUUUUAUGUAAAAAGAUAAUGACACAUUAUUAUUAUUAUUAUUAUAAGAUUGUAUAGGCGUAUCUUAAAUUCUAUUUGUUCCGAUGCACAUCCGUCAAAAAGGGCUGCACUAUAUAACAGCUUUUAAGUCAUAAUAUACCCUGAUCUCUACAAUUGGGCCAUAUUAUAUAAAACUCAAAAAACAACCUUGGUUUUUUAUUUUACUGCCUGUGCAGUCUUCAAAUUUAAAUAAAUAAACAAACAAAAAGAAAAACGGUCAGCCUUAUCCAUCUUCGUCUUCCCCUAGAUCCAAACCAGAUUUUUAAGUUCAAAGUUCCAUAUUGCCUAAGUAAAAAAAAAGAUAAGUCCAUCAUACACAUUUCGCCUUUCCAUAAGUCCAACCUUAUUUUAAGUCCACAUAGUCCACGGUUCUGUACUGCAUGAAUAGAAAUACACAAAAAAAUACAAUAAUUCAUAAUAUAAAUAAUAAAAAAUAAUCCAUAAUUGUAAUGUGGUGCAAUGUGUAUCGAGGACUACUUCAGCAGGAAGUAGCUAUCACUCACAGCCACGUUGUAAUCUUCGAGUCCUUGAACACUUGAUUUUUUCAUAUACAAUUUUUUUAUGUACUAGUUAUCGACCACUAGACAACAUUCUGCUUCUCUGCUAGGAGCCUUUUGAAAGUGGGGUACAGGGCACGUCUUCUCUCCACUAUUUCAUGGGGAAAUUGUUCAUUAUUAGUGAACGGGGUGUUCUUCAGCUCCCUAUGCUGUUGUAGCAAGGCAAUCUUCACUGAGGGUUGUUAAACUGAUGUCCUCGUUCCACGAGGGUGACUUCUACCCCUUACAGUAUAUUAUCUAUUCUGAGGCAGGCAAGGAGUGUGUUUGUUGUCAGCAGUGUGUCUGUGUAUGUAUGUGGACGUCUGAGUGUGUCUACUUGAGUGCACUGCGAAAACUGUGUGUCAGACGAAGAGAGAAACGGGCUGGUCUAGUUCUGCCCUCGUAACCCUUGGCUCAGACGUAAUUACGUCAUUCCCUACUACUUCAUUAGGCCAAAGUUCCCUGAUAAGUCAAACUGUUUAUGAACAACUAUAUUUACAACCUGAGAGCCACUCUUCUACAUACACUGAAUAUUUGGGAUGACAGUGUUAACUAGAUGAGUAUAGCAUUCAUCAAAAGUCAGGUUGCAAUACAUUUACAUAGGGCUGAUGACACAUUCUAAAUGGUAGGCCUAAUAUGGAGGCUGGUCUACCCACAACGGAGCUUUACUACAGUUUGAAUGGUGCUUACAGUUCUAUAAUUCUAUAUCUAUGUGUUUCAGAUCUUUGAUGAGGUGGAGAAGCGCAGGCAGAUCUCCAUGGCGAUGAUCUAUCCAUUCAUGCAGAGCCUGAGGGAGGCGCCGUUCCCUGCUCCCGGAAACACUGUCAAGAUCAAGAGCUUCAUACCAGAGUCUGGAACAGAGGUAUGGAGUAUGAUAGGGGUAUCUAACUCAAUUCCUAGAGGGCUGUGUGUCUUCUGGUUUUUGUUAAUUCCUUUAAAUUAAUGGCCAAUUAAGACCUAGUGAACCAGGUGAGGUGGAGUUCCUAAUUAAUCAAUGACAUUAAUCGAUCAAUCAAGUACAAAGAAAGAGUGAAAACCUGCAUCCUUGGAGGACACAUGGAGGCACACACACACACACACACACACAAAGCACUUGGCAUCACGAUGAGGAUCAAGACCUUCACCCUAGAGUCCAGCACUGAAAUAUACACACACACACUUGUGUAUACACACCUCCUGAAGACCUUUUGUCUCUCUGCUCCUGGCCUGUGUCUCUCCAGAUCAUCAGUUUGACGAGGCCGUUGGACUCGUGGUUGGAGCAUGUGGAUUUCCGGACACUGUUCCGCUGUCUCACAGACGAGGAGGUGUUGCGGGUGUUUGCUUCCACCGUGCUCGAACGACGAAUCAUCUUCAUGGCUGACGAACUCAGGUACAACACCAACCCUAACCCUAACCCCAAAAGGACAUCACUGAGCCUGGGUCGUCUAAGUGUCUUGGACAAGGGCAGGCCCGUUGUCUGCAUGUUGAAUAGGUGUAAAGUUUGUACCUGCUUCACCCCUUACAGUACCCUGUCCCAGGUGCUGCAUGCGGUUGCGGCGCUGCUCUAUCCGUUCACAUGGCAACACACCUUCAUCUCCAUCGUUCCCUCAGUGCUGAUUGAUGUCGUCAUGGCACCCACUCCCUACCUGCUUGGUGUGCAAAAGAACAAACUGGAUGAUGUCAUCGACCAGAGCGACGUGAGUGUGUGUGUUCUGUGUGUGUAUGGCAGAGCAGAAUAAGGUGUUUGUAUACGUACAUUUCGGCUUCAGAAAAUACUAUUUGAUGAAGAGUUAUGUUUUGGGGACAAAGCCAGAUUUUUAAAGAAGGUUAAGGGCAGUUGUUGAGUGCUGUAAACAAUGUUUGGGAUCAGGCAUUCCUGCCUCUACAUUGUGUGACCGGCUGGGGAGAAUAUAUCCAGUGACACUCAUUCAGCCACAACUAACACAAUUACAGCCAAUUGAAACCAGCCAGUGUGUGUGUUAUCUCCGACCUGAAGAUCUGUGUGUGUGUGUGUGUGUGUGUGUGUGUUUAUUUCUUUACCUGUCUCUGUGUGUAUGUACACACAUGCACGUGUGUGUGUGUGUGUUAUUCUGUCUCAUAAACAGAUGCUCAUUGUAGAUCUGACAGAGGGAGCAGAGAACACCUUCAUCACCUGUGUAAGUAUUGCAUGCACCAUAUUUCCCCUCAAGUUCAAAAACAAAAGUACAGAAAUAAACAAACACUUCUCACAAUCAGAUUAGUAAACUAGCGUCACUCCUCCCAUGAUUCUCAUUUGAAAGCCAACUUGAUUGUGUGUGUGGUUCAGACCAGUUUUUCCCUCUCUGGCUGAAUGUGCGUAUACUCAGAAAUACCAAAACAUUCUUGCUGGUCUGGCAACAACCUCUCAGAUUCCUCUGUGUGUGUGUCCUCUCUCUCUGGCGCAGAUAGGAGACGAGAGCACCAUCCUACCAGAGAAACUACAGGAGGAGCUUCUCCAGGCCUUGUGUUGCAGGAAAGACAACUCCAGUGAGUGGACCCAUCCUCCAUUUUGUUCUGAUGUCUGGAAUUUUUAUUAUCAACGCAUCCAAGGAUUUUAGUUUAUAGGGCUUAAGAGGAUUCAGCAAACAGAGUGACUCAGGCUUCCAUUCGAUUUCAGAUAAGACUGACUCAGUCAGCCACAAAUCAAACCACAUGAGGCAGCAUCAUAGUCCAUACAAACCCAAUGAUAGAAGUCAGAUCCUCUGCAGAAUGAACUAAACAUAAUAAUGAGGUGGAUGUACAAUGAAAUGUUCUGGAUGGUUGCUGUAAUAUGAACAUACAUCUCUUUCAGACCACACAGUAUGAACCCUGGAAAGUCCCAAGUUUAUGUUAGUCUGAAUGUGUGUGCGUGGGAGGGUUGUGAUGUUGGAGAACAUACUGUAGAAACGUACACCCAGGGCUUGACCAGGGUCACGACCCUGGAAAUUCCAUUCUGGAUACUGUCGAUUGUGCCUAAGUUGAUCCAGACACAGAUGCUACUCCGCAACCCCUCAGCGCUCACACACAGACCCAACCCCCAUCCACACACACUCCAAUCCACCAUGUUGUGGUUGCCAUAGAGCUGAACAGAGUUGUCUCAGAGGCUUUCCAACCUAUUAUUGUGUCAACAACAUAUUGGAUAUCUCAAAGCAGACACCACUUAAAAACUGACUGAAUAUUUUGUACACUUUGUUGUGUCCAGCCUCAGAAUAUAUGAGAGAGGUGUUGUCUGAGACCUUCCAACCUGUGUUUGUAGACACCUCCUCAGCAUCCUGACUGAAUCAUCUGUAUUAUCUGUACUCUGUGUUUUGUAUCUAGCCUCGGAGGAGUUGAAUAAGGUGGUCUCGGAGGCCUUCCUCUCCUUCUUUGUGAAGACUGUGGGCCACUUCCCCUCCCAUGUUAAUCGCAGAAGCGGCGGGCAGCCUGGCGUGUUCCAGAUCAAGAGCUUCUGCAAGGCCUCCGAACCGAAGGCCAGCCGCCAUUUUGUCAAACGCUUCAUCCAGACACAGAUGUUUGACCUCUUCAUCCAGGAAGUAGAGAGACAGCCCACACAGGAAGGUAUGGUCACAUCACUACCUGAUACAAUAGAAUAGGAUGGAAUAGAAUACAACUUGAAUUUAAUUUGGUUUAUUUGGAUGGGGACAAGUACAAACACAUUGAACAAACAAUGGUCCAAUGCAUGCACUAUUAUUGCAUGUUUCUAGCUCACGCUAAUUUUCAACACCUGUUCCCAUGGGUUCUAAUAGAAACAAAAUAAAAUAAAGAUAUACAUAAUCAAUUAAAAAUCACAAAAUCACAUCACUACAUUAUUGCAAUUAUAUGCACAAAGCAAAUCUCAUACAUACAGUGAGCUCCAAAAAUAUUGGGACAGUGACACCUUUUUCGUUUUGGCUCUUUACUCCAGCACUUUGGAUUUGAAAUGAUAGUGACUAUGAGGUUAAAGUACAGACUGUCAGCUUUAAUUUUAGGGUAUUUUCAUCCAUAUUGGGUGAACCGUUUAGAAAUUACAGCACGUUUUGUACAUAGUCCCCCCCCCACCCCAUGUUAGGGGACCAAAAGUAUUGGGAUACUGAUAGUCCUGAGUGAAUCGUAAAUAAGGAUGAGUGAGAAAGUUACUGAUGCACAAAUAUCAUACCCCCAAGACAUGCUAACCUCUCACCAUUACAAUAACAGGGGAGGUUAGCAUUUUUGGGGGCUAUGACAUUUGUGCGUCUAACUUUCUCACUCAUUAUUCACGAUUAAUUCAGGACUAUCCGUAAUCAUGGUAGCAUCCACAUUAAUGUAGAAGUGUUUAGAAACAUAUUCUAUUCUUAUUGACAAUAGAAGUGACUCCAAAAUGGCACAAUACAUAUACUGUUCAUCCGAUAUCGAUGAACAUACCCUCAAAUUAAAGCUGACAGUCUGCACUUUAACCUCCAUAGACAUUGUAUCGUUUCAAAUCCAAAGUGCUGGAGUACAGAGCCAAAACAACAACAAAAAUGUCACUCUCCCAAUACUUUUGGAGCUCACUGUAUAUACCCCUAGUAGGUCUAUUUAUGACUUGGAGGGUCUUAAUGGGUCUGUUGGAUAACGCACAUCAGUUCAUACAUGAUUGCACUGUUGGAGCUGUAGCAACAAGUUUUCGGUAUUUAUUUUGAACGUAUUCAAAUGUUCCAGCAGUUUAUGUUCUUCUGAUAGUGUUUCAUGCAUAUGCUCCUCUGUAGGAGAAGGAAUGGCCUAUAUAAGUUUUAUAUAGAGCAGGGGUCUCCAACAGGUAGAUCGCGAUAGCUCGCAGCCCACCUAUGAGUAGCUUGCCAAACAAUUCUGAAAGUACAUGCAAUUUUCACGUGUUCCAUUGCAAAUGGUCAUAAACAAAUCUCACAACUAUCAGACACCGCACACUCCCAGCUACUAUGUAAUCAACGCAACAUUAUCCCACCCCUGGUUAGCAACUAUUGGCUUAAAAGGCCAAACCGAACAUAAUAUCAGGCAAUUAAUUUCCAGCAAUAUUGCCCCCGUCUGUCUGUGUGGUGCGUGCGUUUGUCUAUCACUCCGUGUGUAGCCAGUUGAUGUGAUAACCGUCUUGUGGGUUGACAGAAAUACUUUCCCCAAAACCUUCUCAAUUAAAUGUUAACUGCAAAGUAGGCUUACCUGGCAUAAGUAUAUCAUGAGGAAGUAUAUCAUUUGUAUCUAUUAUUUGUUAUUUGCUGACUUUGCCAUGAAAUGAGAAGCAGCAGUUCAGAAGCAUCACUAGACCUGCACAUCAGAUGCACAUUCCUCAUUCGCUAGACGUGCAAUUAAAGGGCCAGAUGCGCAGUUAAAGGGGUAUUGCACUCAAAUCAGUUUGUUCCAGACCUAAAAAAUAGUCUUCUGAUGUGAUUUAAGCAUUGACAUGGUCUCAGAAUAUGGAAUUUCGUUUAAAUUGCCCCAGACCAUUAUUCCUCCUCCACCAGACGUUACAGUUGGCACUAUGCAUUGGGUCUGGUAGCGUUCUCCUGGCACCCGCCAAACCCAGAUUCGUCCGUCGGACUGCCAGGUGGUGAAGUGUGAUUCAUCACUCCAGAGAACGCAUUUCCACUGCUCCAGAGUCCAAUGGCGGCGAGCUUUACACCACUCCAGCCGACACUUGGCAUUGCGCAUGGUGAUCUUAGGCUUGUGUGCGGCUGCUCGACCAUGGAAACCCAUUUCAUGAAGCUACCGACGAACAGUUCUUGUGGUGACGUUGCUUCGAGGCAGUUUGGAACUCGGUAGUGAGUGUUGCUUCAGCACUCGGUGAUCCCGUUCUUUGAGCUUGUGUGACCUACCACUUUGUGGCUGAGCCGUUGUUGCUCCUAGACGUUUCCACUUCACAAUAACAGCACUUACAGUUGACCGGGGCAGCUCUAGCAGGGCAGAAAUUUCACAAACUGACUUGUUGUAAAGGUGGAAUCCUAUGACUGUGCCACAUUGAAAUUCCCUGAGCUCUUCAAUAAGGCCAUUCUACUACAAAUGUUUGUCUAUGGAGAUUGCAUGGCGGUGUGCUCGAUUUUAUACACCUGUCAGCAACGGGUGUGGCUGAAAUAGCCAAAUCCACUAAUUUGAAGGGGUGUCCACAUACUUUGGUGUAUAUAGUGUAUAUUGACAGAAAAUAUAGUGCACUACUUUCUCUUGUAGACUAAGGACCGGGGAAGAGUUGCAAGAGAGAGGAGAUGAGAAGAAUGGGCCUAUUUGAAAGCUAUUUUUUUUUAAAUCGCUCACGACAUAUUUCCUUUUUUUUUUUUUAAGUACCUCAUGCUAGAAAAGGUUGGAGACACCUGAUUUAGAAGGACCCUGGUUGACAUUCCAGGCCAUUGCAGCUUCUGCAUGUGUUUGGUCAGGGAUUCAGGGGCAAGACCAUUGAGACACUUAAACACAAGCUUCACAUGUACAAAUCUGAUUAAGUGUUCAAAGCUUAGUACAUUGUACUUUUUCAAGAUGUGACCGUGAUGGUACCGUAUAUGCUUUUUGUCCAGGAUUUUAAACGCAUGGUUAUACAGUGACUCUAGGGGUCUCGGCAUUGUUGCUAGCCACUGAGUCCAGAUGUUCUGUCAGUUGUUUAGAGACAUCGGCACAGGUUUUACCAGACACAUAGACAAGUGUCAUCAGCGUACAUUUGAAGGCUGGCACUUGGGCAGAUCUCUGGUAGAUCAUUGAUGUUUAAUGAGAACAGAAUUGGGCCAAGCACUGACAAAAGAUGGAAGAAAAUGUGUGAUUAACAAACACUUUUUCAUAGGAGCAUAUAUAUACACUUACCCACUCAGCAAUGAAUAAUGUGUUUUUCCCUGUCUUUUUUUUUAAAGGAUUCUUCCACCAAAAAAUUGCGGAGUACCAAGAAAGUAAGAAGAAAGAGAAGGCAAAGAGAGGCUGGGUGAGAGGGCUUGUGGUGUAAAUGUAGGCGUCCUCAGACAAACAUUUUCUUCCCUGAUUCUGAUUGUGUAUAUACAAUGUUAUAUUUGUAUACAGUUGUGAUGCUGGCUAAGCGUGACGCUACAGGACAUUGCGGCUAUCUAAGUGGAGCGAAGAUAGGGACAAUCUGAGUCUGCUGUAUUUUCUCUUGCCUGUAAAAAUGGUAGACUACUCCCUGUUAUGUUGAAUGAAUGUGUGCUAAAGAUGAAGAAACACUUAAACAUGUUUUUGUCAAUGUUUCUAGGUUUAUUGAAGGAUGUGUUACUUCUGUUGUGAUUAAUUGGCAAAAUGUUAAUUGAUAAAGGUUUAUUUAUUGCACUUUUGUGCUGCAAGUUGCUCUUACAUUCAUAACUAAACAUACCUCUGAGUAUUUCAUAGUAUCCUAAAUAUUUUAUGUUUAUUAUGCCUACAGGGUGCCUUUAUAAAUUGUUUUUGUUUAUUUAAGCUGUGGGUAUGAAUGUGAAUGGUAGAUAGGAUGUGAAUAAAAACUUUUUAGAAUUGUGAAUAAAAGUUGGACCAAUGAUGAUUAACA